AUGGCGGCUUCUUUCAGGGGAACAAAGGCUACCGUGAUGGCCAUCCUGCCCCUCCUGAUGAUGUUGAGUUCCAGCAGCUAUGUCUCAGAUGAAGAAAUGCCAGAGACCAACAUCGUCUGUUACAUGCACGAUCUGUUGACCAGCAAAAAUGUGACCGUGGUUCCGAUGACUGUGGCGGCCAAUUCGAUGGGGUUCGGCACAAUUGUAGCCAUUGAUGAUGCAGUGACGAAAUGUCCUAACCGGCGAUCUGCCGUCGUGGACAUCUACAUAGCGUCUGCGUUGGACAGUUCCGACUUCCACCUCGGGUUCUACGACCUCACUGAGGGAAAGCACAAGGGGAGCAUACUGGAGAUUCAGGGAGCUGACCGCUACUUGUAG